UAGUAGUAUUAUGUUAUUUUAAAAUUGUAAACACGUUUUAGCUUUUUUCAUCCCUUUGUUAAGUCGCCUUUAACUUUGUGUGUUUAUCCCUCGUUGUCUCAGUCUGCGUCUGCAUCACAUGGUCCUCAUCUCUCUCCUCCUCCUCCUCCUCCUCCCAUUUCCCCGGCGCUGCUGCUGCUGCUGCUGCUACUGCUCCUCUCUCCUCCUCCGCGCUCUCCGUGCGCCACAGCGCGGCCAUGGUGGACUCUCCCAGCGCGAUGAAGAAGACCUUCUCGGUGCCGGAGAUCAAACCUUUGGACCAGUACGACUUUAACCGGGCCAAGAUCCGCGCCAGUGUCCGGUGGCUGCUGUCGAAGUCUUACGCCUCUGCAGAAACCAUUCCUGUUGAGUUGCAGGAGCCACUUUACAAGGACCGGUAUGAACAAGAGCACCUUAAGCCGGCUGUCUCCAAGCUGCUUCUCACCCCGGAGAUCUACUGCCGAGCGUCGCAGGGGUCACCUGCCGACACCUCCGCCCUCCUGCAGUACCUCAUUAGAAAAGGUUUCACUCCAAAGGUCCAGGAUGUUGAUGUCACAGAGGAAGAUCUCUGCAGUGUUCCCCUCAAGUUGAAAUGCCACCUUGCUCUGAUUGACUCUAUGAUGUCACUGGCUGCCAAAGAGACAGUCGGUCAGGUGAAGAUGGCGCUGGAGGCGGAGCAGAUGGGCGCCGGGGCUCCGUGGGAGAACGCUCUGCUGUUCUGGGUCAACAUGCUAAACCAGAAGCUGAGAGAAAGCACAGAGGAAGACGAGCCUCUCAAGUCACAGUCGUGUACAGAUCUGCAGCCUGCUCAGGAAACGUGUCAGUCCAACCGCUGGUACUGGAAACUAGUCCCCCAUGCUAUCGCUUUUUGUUUGAAGGAGUCGGGAAAUAAGCCACCAGUGAUCCGUUAUAGGAAAGAUAAAGUGCAGUCGAAGCUGACGCCUACUUUCCCCCUGGUUUCUGCGGUCAAAGAUCUGUCUAAUGGCUGUGCUGUAGCUGCUGUGUUGCACUUUUACUGCCCGAGCUUGCUGCCUCUAGAGGAUGUUUGUCUGAAGGACACCAUGUCGGUGGCCGACAGUGUUUACAACCUGCAGCUGAUCAAAGAGUUCUGUGAGACCAAUUUACAGAACUCAUGCUCCCUCGCUGUGGAGGACCUGCUCUACGCUCCACCAGUUCUCCACCUGAACAUCAUGAACUUCAUAGCAGAGCUGCUGGACUGGUUUGAGGUCAAGAAGCCUGAUUUUGUCCAGCCCAUACAACCCAUCGACCUCAUAGAUGUCUCAAGGUUCCUGGGCUGCACAAGUCCUGUCAGUGGGAACAGUAACAGUGGUUCUCCGUCUUUUAUAUUCAAACAUCCCUUUGUGCCCAUCUCGUCACCAGUGUCACCGGAGAACAAAAGUUGGACAAAGAAACAAAUCAGUCGUCCUCUGUCAGCAGUGACUUUCAGCAUCCCAUUUGGCCUCGACAGUGAUGUUGACAUUGUGAUGGGAAAUCCAAUAGAUUCUGUCUUUCACUCUGUCAGCACUGACAACCUAACCACCGGCAUCCCUGCAAUGACUCGUGUCCCAUACAGCCCUCCAGAGGACCUCAGCCACCUGGUCAGUGCUUCAGCCCCAAUGCAGAGGUCUUCCUGGGGACCUUAUGCACAAACGGCACCACUAGGAGAGCUGCCAACUAUUGAGGAGGCACUACAGGUGGUGCACACUCCCAACAGCAAAGGCGUGAAGAAGGUAAGGAUACCAGAAAAAGGUGGAGGGGUGUUUGGAGGAAAGCCGGAGCCCAGGUUACGUCCUGAGGGAGCCCCUGCUGGUUUCUUCCUGCACUGCCUGGAGGAAGAUAAUCCUCAGCUCAGUAGCUCUGCUCCCAGUCGCUCUGGAAUUCUCUACCGGCCUGUUGGAGGAGGGGUGGGUGGUACAGAAAAGCAAGGAAGGGCAGAGAGGAGAGAGCGAUCAGGGCGGAGCUCUGAUAUGUCACGUGAUGAUGACUCUGUUCUAAGAGAUGGCAGUGUUGACUCCUCUGAAGCAUCGGAUGAUACCCCCAGAAAUGCCCCGGGUAAUAUUCGACCUAGUAGUGGUCACCAAGGAAACCACAGCACCAGCAAUAGUCCACGAAUGACAAGCUUUGCUGAGCGACGAGACAACAGGAGGCGACAUCCUGCUGCUCCUGGUGAGGAGUCGACAUCUACUCCAACCCAAGGAACUCCAGGAACUCCGGGAACUCCGGGAACUCCACACACACCCUCAACCCCAGCUGGUGCACCUGGCCAUCAGGACAGCCCAGGUCCCAGAUGCCCUGAACCAGGCUCUGAGGCCUGGGAGUUGGGUGCUCGUCUGGAGGAAAAACGGAAAAGCAUUGAAGCUCAAAAAAGGCGCAUUGAAGCCAUAUUUGCAAAACACAGACAGAGGCUUGGAAAAAAUGCUUUCCUUCAACUAAAAAGAGAGCAAGGAGAGGGAGGAGGGCAGGCAGCGGAGGAGGAUAGUCUCACCCUGGAGGAGCGCCUUACCCAGAUGGAGGAGCAACUAAAACAGGAAGAAGAAAAGGAAAAAAAGGAGGAAGAAAAAGAUGGCAAUAAAGAGAAAGAGAAUCCAUCUGUUUCCAAUCCACCACGAUUAGAGAAGCAGGUCACUUUCUCUAUUGAUAGUAAAAAGGGAACAGAAAAAGAGAAAGCAGGUGAAGCUGUUUUUGUGGAAUACAAUGAAGUGGUGAAUAAACUGAGUGAAGCCCUGCAGUCACUGCAGAAGGACAUGCAGAAACUCACAGAUCAGCAACAGCAGCUCAUGAGCAACCAAAGACCUAUAAAUAACCACAAGACCACUCCAAAAUCAACACUUAGAAGUAACAUCCAAACACCACCUAAAACUCCUCCACACACUCCAACAAAGACCCCACCAAGAACCCCGACAAAGACUCCGACCAGGAGCACCAGUAAAGGCUGGGUAAUCCCUACUAAUCCCAAUGUCCCCACUGCUUCUUCUCCGUCACGACGAUCUAACAUUCAUUCCUUGUCCACCUCUCCAAAAACGGCCAUCUCUUCCUCUUGCCCCGCCCCUCGCACAAAGAUUCACUCCUCCACACCUCGCAGCCCCAAACACCACCAGCGUCUGCAAAAUCAGCGCCCCCAUCCACGGCCUUCUGAACUCAAGUUCCCUCCACUCAACCGUGUCUUGGCUCCGACCCAGACUGUGGACACACUCCCCCACUUACGCCGUGUGUCGCCCAGCAAAUGUCAGGUUCAGACCUCCUCCUCCUUCCGUAUUGGUGGCCCCCAGACUCCUCAGGCAUCUCCUCAGCCUGCUCAGCAACUACAGCCUGAUGAGAGCACAUCAGAAACAGGCUCCAGUGAAACACCAACCCAAUUUAGUCUGGAGCUGGAGCAGGAGCAGGAGGACGUGGAGGCUGUUGGAGCGCUGCCGGCCCCUUCACAGACCAGGCAAGAUCAUCCCAGGGCUGCUUGUGGCAGCAGCUCUGGUGCUCCGUCAGAGUGCUCAUUUGAGAGUGAGACUUUGUCCCUCUCUGCUGCAUACAGCACAGGAGGUGAAGGGGGGAGACAUGGUGGUGCAGGGAAUCGCUGCAGCCUGAUUGAGGUGUCGCUGUCAUCUCUUGGAGGGCCUGAGGGGGGCAGUGAUGAACCAACAGAUGAGGGGCACGAAUUCUCCUCUGAUUCUAUGAGUGAUCACACUGAAUCUGCUGCAGAACCAGUGAGGAGGCUCGCCCCAGAACUCCUCGAUCCUAUAGAGCAGCUGAAUCUUGGAGCAGAAGUUACAGACUCCCCAGAAGAAAAAACAGAAUCCAAAGACGAUACAAGACAAACACAGAUGUUGGAACCAAGUGCAGAACAAAAUGAUCAAGAUACCAAAGGAGGAAUAGGAUUCUUCUUUAAGGAUGAGGAGUUGUAUCAUGAAGGGGAGAUGGCCCAGCGUAAAGCUCUUCUACUGGAGAGACAACAAAGGAGAACAGAGGAGAUGAAGAAGAGGAGACAGUGGCUCGAGCAAGAAAAGGAAAUCAGACCUACGUCUUCAGACAGGAGAAUAGCGUCUCCUUCAAAUACACCACCGGCAGGCACCACCUCCCCUUCCCCUACUCCUCCUGCUACUCCAGGCGCCCGUUGGGGGGAUUUCACACGAGGGGAGUAUGCGCUGCGACAUCAGCUUAAGAUCAUGGAUGACUUGGACAAAAUGAUGCGGCAGAAAUCUUCCAAUCAGGGACGAUCUUCAGCAAAGAAAACCCGUUCUCGGCCUCGAAGUAUGACCAGGGAGGAAACUAAGCUGUCAUUGAGUCCAGCCAAAGGAACCGCGGGGUCUAAGUUGAACAAAGUGUACUCUCACUCCUCCCUCACCUUGGCAGCAACGGAUGAGCCAGGAAACGUUGGGAGUGACCACACUAAGAAACCCCAAAGCAGCCGCCAUGAUUCACCUUCAAGAUGUGUGACACCGAGUAAACUGGCCAAUCAGAGCGGAGAAAGGGACUUGGAGAGUGGUUCUAACGGAGCGUCACCGGCCCUAGAAUACACAGGUCCAAAGCUCUUCAAAGAACCAAGCUUCAAGUCCAACAAAUUUAUCAUUAAUAACGCACUCUCUCGCUGCUGCCUGGCGGGAAAGGUCAACGAGACACAGAAAAACAAGAUAGUCGAGGAGAUAGAGAAGAGUCCUGCCAACCACUUCCUCAUCCUCUUCCGUGAUUCCAGCUGCCAGUUCAGAGGUGUUUACACCAUGAACCCUGACUCUCAGGAGCUGGUGCGACUGGCCGGAGUGGGUCCCCGGACAAUCGGCUCCACCCAGGUGGAGGCCAUCUAUAAAUACAGCUCGGACAGGAAGCAGUUUAGUGCCAUCCCUUCAAAAACUAUGGGUAUGAGUGUGGAUGCCUUCACCAUCCCCGGCCAUCUUUGGCAUGGAGGAGGAGGAGCAGCAGGAGGAGGAAGCAGGAGAGCAAGCAUUACUAAGAAGGCGGUUAUUACCAAGUGAGAACGUCCCUGUGACUAAAGAAGAUGCUGCAAUCACACUGACUAUGGUGAAAUGUAGUGUCGUGAGAAUUGAAAACAGUACACACAUAAGCCGUGUUAUAGAUACACCUGUUCUGCCCUUGAAUUUUGACAAAAUAUUUCAAAAUAAAUUACCCAACUAAUAAAUGCAUCAAUAUAAAGCAGCCACACCAUGUAUCAAAAUAAAACACUGUUCUUUUGUAUUUUCAAAAAUACAAAAAAAUACUUUGCCACAGUGAGGCCGUUUGUUUUGAGGCGACCGUUUCUCACCUUUAUCAUCCGUCCCCGUCACUGGAGGACAGUGUCUGAGAGCAACAGAUGAAACAUUUGACAUCACAAUAUUACCAUUUGACCACCCAGAUUAAAAGUUAGGUAAAUAACUCAGGUUCAAGGAACUCUUCCUUGAGUGUAUUUAUUAUUUACUUUCCAAAUACGUUGUUCGAAAAUAUCGUCAGACACUUUGAGGUAGGACCAAGGUUAUAAUAGUUUUGGAUUCUUCAUUACUUUAUUUUUUUUUAGAGCGGGUUUGCUAGUUUUUUUCCAGGUGCAAGAUUCUAAAAAGUCAUUAUAAAGUAUUAUGUCAUAAAAACCCAACAAAAGACGCCACUUAGCCUUAGUACUCACAAAGGGUGCACCCUUAGUAAAUUGCCACGGUGAUAAUACACAACUCCUUAUAUUAUUAAAAAAUAAACACGUUUUAUAUGAACCCAGAAGGAUUAUGUAUGAAAUAAAUUUACAAAGACUAAGCACAUCACUACAAUUUUAGUUAGUUUUGUAAACCCACAAUUCAGUUUCAUUUAGUUGUCGUUUAUCUUUGAACUUUUCUCUUUCAUUAGUUUGCAGUAACUAUAAUGACCUUGGGUAGGACGUGACCAUGUCAAGUCUGGACACGCCAUAGCAUUCGCUGAAGGAUUGAGAACAUACACAGAUUUAAAGUCCAGUCUGGACAAAUUCACGUAAAGCACCGUGUCGUCCAAUCUGUGUUCUUAUGAUGUCUCAUACGUUGUCUCAAAGGAGGUAUUUUACAGUGUUUUAAAAAGAAAAAAAAUACAGAAAACAGACUCGCUCUUAGCCACAGUGUGCAAAAGGAAGGUUUUGUCACAUCACUAGGUUCAAUAUUGCACAAGUAAGAGUUACUUUUAAAAAGUCUCAUUACUUAUACUUUUCAUUGUUUGAAGUACAAACUUGAAAAAACGUUUUUUCCUUUUAGAAGAAAAUGGAAGUUGUUUACUGGAAAACUUCCUCAGACGUUACUGUCUGUUCCCUCUCUCUGGUACGACACCAGUUUUAUACACUGAGCCAAACAACAACAGAGGAAAAUGCCUUUUUUGUGUCGGUGACACUCACUGACCUGACUUUUUGUUUUCUACAACCCUUGUAUAUUUAUUUCUGCUCACAACUGUCAGCAGGUGGAUGGAAGCACAUUUGAUUUGAUAGCCAUAACCGUGUGAUGCAGAGGUGAAGAGUCACGUGACACAGGUCACAGGUCAGUACAUGGAUCACCACAGCAGCAUGAAUGGUUAUUUACUCUUCUCUGUGUGGUUUAAAUGAUAUGAAAGCAAGAGCUCACUUGUGGUUGUGGUGAAACGAUGUUGAUUAUGGAUAAACUGUAUAAGCGAAAAUAAUUUUUGUACAAUGAAAGAUGAUGUGUUGCCACGUUUACGUUUAGAAACACCUGGAUUCUUUCACUCUUGGGCAAACAGAUUUUUUUCUUUUUCUAUUUGAGAUCUGGAUCUUACGACGGAGAAUUAGGGCCAAACAAAUCAAAUCUUUCGAGAAUAAAAGCAUAAUAUUAUGACUUUAUUCUCACAAUGUUACUAUUGUAGUCUCAUGACUUUAUUCUCAUAAUAUUACGACUUUAUUCUCGUAAUAUUACGACUUUAUUCUCGUAAUAUUACGACUUUAUUCUCAUAUUGUUACAACCUUUUUCUCGUAAGGUUACGACUUUAUUCUCCAAUGUUACAACUUUAUUCUCAUGACUUUCUUCUCGUAAUAUUACGACUUUAUUCUCGUAAUAUUACGACUUUAUUCUCAUAUUGUUACAACCUUUUUCUCGUAAGGUUACGACUUUAUUCUCCAAUGUUACAACUUUAUUCUCAUGACUUUAUUCUCGUAAAAUUACGACUUUAUUCUUGUAAUAUUACGACUUUAUUCUUGUAAUGCUACGACUUUAUUCUCUUAAUGUUACGACUUUUUUCUCGUAAUAUUACAACUUUAUUCUUUUAAUGUUACGACUUUUUUCUCGUAAUAUUACAACUUUAUUCUCUUAAUGUUACAAUUUUUUUCUUGUAAUAUUGCGACUUUAUUUUCAUAAUAUUAUAAAAUGAUUCUCUAAAUGUUACGUCUUUAUUUGUGAAAUGUUACGACUUUUUCCUCAAGAUGUUACGACUUUAUUCUCAUAAUGUUACGACUUUAUUCUGGAAAGAUUAAAUAUUUUUUUCCUUUUCAGUUUGAUCUCUAAUUCUCCAUCGUAGGAUCUAAUUUGGCAGAAAGUCUAAAUUUCUCUGUUGUGGGGCUGCAAAUAAUAAUUACUUUGGACCACAAAGUGGAGAACCUGCUAUUGUUUUAAAGUAAUAAUUAGGUAACGUUUGUGUUGGAAUAAAAAAAAGUUUUAACAAGAUGUUGUUCAUUUCCUAACAAAUGAAAAGACUCAAUAAAGGAUUCAGAAGGAUUUGAAUUAUUAGUGAAACACUGAAGAACCUGAUUCUCUGGUGUGUACGGAACUUUUUUUAAUUUCAUGUAUGAAAAACAAACGGAUGGAUUAAAGUCAACACAUCAAA